CUAAUGUUCACUACCACCACCUCAGGUAUAAGAUACCUAUUAUUACUAUUAUAGUAUAUACUAAAAUGAUGACAACCAAAUGUAUUCAAGGUUGUACAGUUCCAUAGUUCCAUUCAUUGAAAACUCUUGAUUAAUAAGAGAAACUUUGAAAUGUUUUAUAUAUUUUGUGUAUAACAUGAAUACUGCCGGAUCAUUAAAUCAUACAAUUACCACUACUAAUCAAAAUGAUUUAGAGACGAAUACAUUGUAUAGAAGGGAUAUAUCAGAUGUUAUAUUCAAUUCUAUAAACAAUAACCGAAUGAGUAAUAUAUGCUUAAAUACAUUCAUAAUGAAUUCUUCGAAUAGUUCUAGUUUGUCAUUAAAUCGAAACACUAUUUCAUUAAAUAAUCAUAAUAAUCAUAAUAAUAGUAAUAUUAAUCAAUUUUAUUCAAAUCUAAUGCCUUAUUUAUUCCCAAUGGAUUUAAGUUUGAAUUCAGUACAACAGCAACAACAAAAUCAACAGUUACAAUAUUAUACUAACGAUUGGUUAACAAGUAAUAAUAAUAAUAGUAAUAAUAAUGUUUAUCAUCUAACAUUAAUGUAUUUUGCAUUAGCUACUCAAUGUAUUCUACGCCAUUUACUUACAACAUCAACAACACAACAAUCUCAACAAAAUUUAUGUUCAAACUCUUCUAUUCAUUCCAACUGUACAUCAACAUUAAGUACAAUAAGUACAACUAGUCAAAAUGAUCUAUCAUCACAAACCAAUGAACAUUUUUCAGAAUCUCAUACAAAAUUAUCAACAAUUCAUAAAUAUAUCAAAUUAGAUACUAUUAAACUUAAUGGAAAUACACGUAUUAAACGUUAUCAAUGUAAUUAUCCAAAUUGUACAAAAGCUUACUAUAAAAGAUCACAUUUAAAUGAACAUUAUCAUUUACAUACUGGUGUUAAACCACAUUUAUGUAAUCAACCAGGUUGUGGUGCAAGAUUUACACGUGCUGAUCAAUUAUCACGUCAUAGACGUGCACAUACUGGUGAACGUAAUUUCUAUUGUAAUGUAUGCUUAAAACGUUUUAAACGUAGUGAUCAUUUAAAAGUACAUUUAACUAGAAAUGUAUGUACAAAAUCGAAUUUAUAAAUCUUUCUACAUUUAUUAACCAGUAAUAAUUAUUAUAACAAGA